UUAAAAAAGAAACAUUAUUGAAAAAACUGAAAAAAAAAGUGUUAGAAACUUUAAAUAAACAAAAGACAAUUUUCUUUUAAUUUAAACUUUAUGAUAUUGAUAAUAAAAACUAAACAAAACGGAUUUAUUAACGUGUACAACGUGUUUAAACGUUAUAGAAGAAGAAAUUAUUAUGACUACUUGUAUUCAAUAUAUUUAUGUACUUUUAAUAACAACAAUAUUACCAAUGGUGAUCGUAGCAAGCAAUUCACAACUAUUGCCAUUAAGAAAAGGUGGCGGCAUUGUGGGAAGAGAAGGCGGUGGUUUGCGUAUACAAGGAUUAGCAGUCAUUGCCAAUCAACAACGUUUAGCUUAUGGUUUUUUGGAAAAUCGUAUAGCUUCACUGGAAACACAACAAACUUUGUGGAGUAAAAAGUUUUUGGCCAAACGAGAAGCAGAACCUCAUUCAGCACCCUAUGUGGUGUCUAUACAACUAAUGACUCCCGAGGAGGGUCUAGUGCAUUAUUGUGCUGGUACUGUUAUAAAUGAACAUUGGAUUUUAACUGCAGCCCAUUGUUUAACUAAUCCUCAAAUGGUGGCUAAUUCGGUAAUAGUGGCCGGUUGUCAUGACAUUCAUUCACGCAGUGAAUCUCAUAAUGUACAACUACGUCAUAUAGACUAUUAUGUAAGGCAUGAAUUAUAUCUGGGUGGUGUAAAUCCUUAUGAUAUUGCUCUUAUCUAUACCAAAGAACCCUUGGUAUUUGAUCAAUAUGUACAGCCGGUAAAUUUACCCCAACCAGAUGUUAUACCCGAAGGUUAUGGUACUCUUUAUGGUUGGGGUAAUGUAUCAAUGACUAUAGUACCAAAAUUUCCACAUAAAUUACAACAGGCAAAUAUGCCCAUAUUAGAUUUGGAAUUAUGUGAAGAAGUAUUAGCGGCAUCGGGUAUGCAAUUGCAUGAAACAAAUUUAUGUACUGGUCCGCUAACAGGAGGUGUUAGUAUAUGUACAGCAGAUUCUGGAGGUCCAUUAAUACAAACACAAUACGAUAUCUAUGGUCAAGAACAACAGACUAUUAUAGGUAUAGUAUCCUGGGGUAAAAUGCCCUGUGGACAAAAAAAUGCUCCUUCGGUAUUUGUUAGAGUAUCAGCUUUUACCCAAUGGAUACAACAAAUCAUCAAUACAGCAACACAAUUUGAAUAAAAAAGAAAUUAAUAAAAAAAAAACAAAUCCUCAACAAAAUAAAACUCGAAUUAAGUUUAACUUAUAGAAAACUAAUUGUAUUAUAAACUCCAGAAAUCUCAUUAGUUUGUAAGUUUUAAAAUUAAGAAAAAAAAAACUAUUAAAAAUGUAAAACUAAAUCUCAAAAAAAACUUUAUUUAAUAAAAUGUAUUUAUUUAAAAUUUUUAUAAAAAGAAAAACCUAGAAUUUUUUUAUUUUAAUUAAAACAUUUGUUUAAGGUAAGCACCACCAAAUAAUAUAUAAUCUAAGAAAAUUAUGGUGAAAUAUUUUUAAGAAAUUACUCAUUCAUAUCACUGCUAGACGACUACGACAAAAAAAAAAAACAGCUAAUAUCAGUACUUAAAACUUUUAACACAGUCUUCGCAAUAUAACGUGGAUUUCCAAA